GCCUGCGGCACCGACAUCGAGGGGCUGCAGAGCAUAAAAGACAUCCUGUUCCCGGAGGAGAAGAGCCAGAUCAGCUUCAAGGAGAUGUACGAGGUCCUCCUCCACCUCCGCAGAGGCAAGCCUGCCAGCGUCACGGAUGUUGUCAACCUGCGGGAGCUCUUCCGGCGGCGGACGCAAGAACUCAAGGAGCUUUUCCUGCAGCGACGAUUCCUCGCAGACCAUGGCGGAGGUUUCGUCGGGCCCGAGGAGGCGAUGGUGGCGUUCGAGCAAGCCAGGGUGCAUCGGCCCCUGGACCGGGUGGCCUACCACCUCUUCAAUGCGAUGAACCCGUGGAGCAAGUUCGGGCCUGAGGAGCUGUUCAACGAGUCACAGGUGAUUGGCCAGCUGUACAGUCGCAGCUUCCCCCCUGGAGUGCGCGAGGAGGCUGUGGCGCGAGCCCGCGCCCGUCAUGGUGAGGACCGCGACCUGAAUCUGAAGAGGAAGGAGGCGUCCAAGCGGGCCGAGCGGGAAGGGAAAAAGCUGCACGCGCUCUCUUCCCUCGACUGCACGUAA